GGCGGGUCGGGCCAUUCAUUCAUUAUAAUACAUACUUCCUCUAUAUAGAUAUCGGAUCAUUUCCCUUAAUCGGAACUUUCUGCAAUUAGCUAAGGCUGUAUAUUAUAUUGCUAACUUGUAUGGUCUAUAGAGUAUAGAUAGAGAGAGAUAUCUUGAAUAUCAAUUGCAUUGCAUGUACGUAAUAGGAUGACUAGUAGUAGCUAACGUGGGUGGUGGUGGUGGUGUGGCUGGUGGACUAUUUUCUUCUUAGAUUAGAUUAGAUUAUCAUCUAUAUAUCGAAGAUGAUGUCGUCGGUCAAUUCUUAUUCUUAUUGUAAUGGGAGCGCCAUGAAUAAUCAUGAGUUGUCGGAGUCAGAUGGGUUAGGGUUAACGAUGAUGAGAUUUCAGGCGACGAGGGAAAUCCACUUACCCACACCUUGUGCAGAAAAAGUAGCUGAGGAGGAUGAUGAUCAGAUGAUUAUCAUGACUAGGAGCAUUAAUAAUGAUCAUAGGCAUAGGCAUAGCAGUGGGAUAUUAAAUAGCGAGGAUCGUGAUCGUGAUCGUGAUCAUGAUCAUGAUCAUAUGAUGAUGAUGAAGAUGAAGAUGAAGACGAAGAUGAAGAUGAGCAGCAGUGCCAGUAGCAAAUCAUCAAGCUGCGAACGUAGUAGCAGUAGUGCAGGUACAGGUAAGAAGAUGAAAAAGGAAAGAAAGCAGAGGUUUGCUUUCCAGACAAGAAGCCAGGUCGAUAUACUCGACGACGGUUAUCGCUGGCGAAAGUAUGGCCAGAAGGCUGUCAAGAACAACGUAUUCCCCAGAAGCUACUAUCGAUGCACUCAUCAGGGAUGCAAUGUGAAGAAGCAAGUGCAGCGUCUAUGCAGUGAUGAGUCGACUGUGGUGACAACAUAUGAAGGCAUGCACAUGCAUCCAGUCGAAAAACCCACCGAUAAUUUCGAGCAAAUUCUCAACCAGAUGCACAUAUACCCCCCUCCUCUGGUUUGAUCUUGAAUCAACAAGAUAUAUACUACUACAGAUGGCAGCAGAUUAAAUUUUUAAUUAUGAUCAUUACUACUAUGUAUCUAGAUUCCACAUAAAUUGUGAUGAUGGCUCUACACAUGAAAAUGUCUACUGCACACAAUCUUUUUCAUUUUCUUCUUUUUUUGUAAUUUUCAGUUUAACUAGCGAGACAGUUGGUUCAAAUUCAUCUUUCUCAUUUAUAAUAAUUAUAUAUGCUU